AAAAGUCGCUCGAUGCUCACUAUUUGACAGACAUUCCGCGGGGGCCGAGCUAUACCGCGCGAAAGAACGCAAUAACGGAAAAAGAGGGCCAGCCGCCUCGCUCCGAGGCAUCCCGACGCAGGCUGCGGUGUCAACGGCCCGCCACCUACUCGGCCGUGGCGGCCCGGAGCGAAGAAUGCCGCCGCGCGUUUCGGGCCCGGCGGUGCCGACGGUAGCCGCGGAGCGGCGCGGCGUCUCGCUCCGGCAGGCGCGCGUCGGGACGCUCGGUUUGUCGGAGCGGCCACUCGCUCAACGACGGGUCCUGCGAGCGCGCGCGAGCGCGGAUUCCCGAGUGAAGUGCGAAUUUCCUUUUGGGAGGGAGGCGUGCCUUCUCGUGGACGGGCCGAUAGCCGGCGCCGGGACGUUUUUCGCGGGACCCUUGCCCCGGAAACGGGACUGCCAGCUCCUGUCUCCUCGCCAUGUCCGUGACAGCCACCGCUCUCGCGUAGCAGAGCAAGGACGUGCGGAAGACGACGUCGCGGAAAACGACGCCCGCUUCUCUAAUGUCUCCCGAUGGAAGCAACGCGUCGGCAGGCCUCCCGCAGAUCAUCGACGAAGACGACCUCCCCGAGGACUACGACUACGAGGAGUCGGCGUGGCGCUUCGACCUCGCCGACCUGAUCCCGACGGCCGUCGUGUACGGCGCCACGCUCCUGUUAGGCCUAGUGGGCAACCUGCUCAUAGUGUACACGGUGGCGCGGUUCCCGCGCAUGCGCUCUAUUUCGAACCUGUUUCUCGCGUCGCUCGCGUCGGCGGACCUGCUGAUCGUGCUGCUGUGCGUGCCCGUGAAGUUCGGCCAGCUGUUCUCGUACACCUGGACGCUGGGCGAGCUGGGAUGCAAGCUGCUCCUGUACGUGCAGCACGUGUCCAUGAUCUGCUCUGUGCUCAACCUCACUUUCCUCAGCAUCGAGAGGUACUACGCGGUGAUCCACCCCGUACGCUCUCGCUACCUCUGCACCUUCAGCCAAGCCAGGCGAGUGAUCAUCUUCAUCUGGUUGGCGGCGUUCCUCACCGCUCUGCCUAUCAUCUUCGUGCAGGUUCACGUGGAGAUGGGCCUGCGGCGGCGAGCCUACUGGUGCAUGCGGGACGAGGCCAGCCCCGGUGCGUGGCGUUCCUUCGAGAUCUACAUGCUCAUCCUGGUGCUCUGCAUACCGACCCUGGUCAUGGGGUACGCGUACGCCAAGAUCUGCGCCCAGCUAUGGAUGGUGGUGCGCGAGAGAGCGCAUCUCACCUCUGGCUCUGCUUGUACAGAGAUGCUGGAGAAGGCUCCGGGCAAGCAGGGCUUCAGCGUCAACGGUGACAAGAGGUUUCUGGGCAAGCCGUCGAGAGCUGACGAAGACACCGUCAAACAGGUGAUCAAGAUGCUGAUCCUGGUGGUGUCCCUGUUCGUCCUCUGCUGGGCCCCCAUCUUGAUCCUGAACGUGCUGACGGCGUUCGGCAGCGUCUCGGCGCUCAACUACUCCUACCUGAAGCCGCUGCGCACCUGCUUCCACCUGCUGUCGUACCUCAACAGCUGCGUGAACCCGCUCGUGUACGGCUUCAUGUCGCGCUCCUUCCGGGUCUCCUUCCGGGACGCCCUGCUGGGCUGCCUGCGCCAGGGCGGCGCGCCGCAGCGGGGCACCACGUUGCGCCUGAGCCGUACGAGGACCACCAGCCUGAGCAUGGGACGCUCGGCGACUUACGUCACGUGACGCCAGCCCCCGCAGCCGGGCAUCCGGUGCAUCCGCUGGACGAGCAACUGCGGUGCCGCGCCCGGAACCAUCGCCCUGUCCGCCACGAAUGGAUAACGAGCGGUGGGGGAAAAAAAAGAAAUCGAGGAGUGCCGUCGACGCUCCGCGCAAACCGGAAACGAAAGGCACGAGGAGCGAUGUUCCUUGAAACGUAACAGCGCGAACAGAGCGGAGAAAGCGCUGUUAGUUUCUCGACAGUGCCACAUGAACUAACCCAGCUCGUGUCCGCGACGUAGGGCACGAAUCGACUAAAGAGACGCCCUUCAAGCGACCGCGAAAGCAUUCUGCCGAAUUAACUUAUUGUCGUGUCUCGGUUACCAAGAUCACUCACAGACAAAGCGACAGAAACGGCAGCGCCUCAGAACGAGGCGCAGAAUUGCCUCCAGUCACUCCUUUUGAAGCAUCAGUCCCAUCAGAGGACAAAAAGAAAACAAACGGAUACCUGUGGCUCUCUCGCGUCAAAGACAAUCGACGUUGUGAGCUUUACGAGCAUGAAGCUGUACGAGUGAGCGUUGCUACAGAAGACAAGUCUUUAUGGCGCUGGCACCCGAUCUUCUGUAUAGUCUGGACAAAUGCGUCUACAGAAAGAAUCACACCUUCACCUCGAAUUAAGCGACUUCUUACGGAAAAACGCACGAAUCUACUUCAGACCGUGUGAGUAGCGUACCACUCUAGCUGGUAGUGAGGACCGGGAGCAAAUUUGUGCUUUGUUUCAUUUUUUUUGCUACUGGUAAGGAAAGCGCGAAAGAAAGAACACUGAUGUGUGAAAUAAACUUUUCGCAGUGCUAAAAAAUAGCAUCGACGGAAUUUUUCACAUUGGCUAACAUCCGACACGCAAGAACGACAUCCAAAGAACACCUGUUUAGCGUUUGUCGCAGAACCCAGUUUUGUUCUUCGGUUUCUGCGUAGCAAAGUUUCGAAAUAGCUGUGUGUAUUCACAUCACCUUAAGAGAAAACUUCACAGUGACAUCGGUGCACCGACCACCCUCCGCCACCACUCCCCCUCUCCCCCUUUUUUCCUGUUUAGUUUGUCUGGACUACACUAUAUGGCUCGGUGUGAGUCUCCGGGCUUUGUCGCCAUGGAGAUUGGAAUCUCGGUAGAGCAACAUCCGCAAAACACGGUUUGCAAGACUUCGCAUGCUUCUGGAAACGUUGCAGUGUUCGUCAGAAAGUGACAUACAUGGAGUGGAAGACUGCAUUCCUGCACGUACUGGAAACAAGCCUCAUCGGUGUAUAUAAGGUGUUAGGUCUGGUGUUUUUUUAUUCUUAUCGACACGACUCCAUUGAUUAGAGAGUCCUGUUUUUAUCGUCAUCUUAUCUUUCGACCAAAGACACCACCCGUGUCCCUGUGAGUCUACUGUUGCCAGCCCUACUACUCAUGGGACGUUGCCUAGAAAAGACGCGGCUGCAUAACUGACUGAAGUUACAAAUGCUGGGCUUGCGUGACUUCUGCGUGGGCAGGAAGGACAUGUGUGAACUUGUACAGCCGAGGCUUUUAUUUUGUGAAGCCUGAGGCACCAAGCGACCGUCAAGCGCGAUUCGUUCACUUCUGUAUGUCUCUGUGCUCAAACAGACUUGUGCUUCACGUAGGAUUAGUUGCUCAACUGACGAGUGUCGACCGGCGCAGCUGUAGUAAAGUGUGUAUGAACUUGACGCGAGUCAACGUCCCCCCCUUCUCCCUACUCUCAUCGCCCCUACAAGACUGUGACCGUGACAACACACACAGUGGCGCAGGCUGUGCAUCACUGAACAGAGAAGACACAUGUGAAUCGGCGCGCGCAGAUCUGUCGUAAAGUAUUAUGUCGA